UGUGAUCACCAGCUCCCGUCCAGUCACAGUGACAGAAUAACAGCUCCGCCUAUAUGGGACUAUCACUAGUUCUGACAGUCCACGGAGUACGCUGUCUUGUCUUUAAACAUUGACAUCCCUGCUUCACUACGAUGGGCAAGGAAGAUAAGGCAACUUGGAAGAGCAACUACUUCAGUAAAUUAAUUCAAUUACUUGAAGAAUAUCCUAAGUGCUUCAUUGUUGGGGCUGACAAUGUCGGGUCAAAACAAAUGCAACAAAUCCGUAUGUCAUUAAGAGGUUCUGCAGUUGUUUUAAUGGGGAAAAACACCAUGAUGAGAAAGGCUAUUAGAGGCCACAUCGACAGAAACCAAGCUUUAGACAGAAUUUUACCCCAUAUUAAAGGAAAUGUAGGGUUUGUGUUCACCAGAGCAGAGCUUCCUGAAGUCCGUGAAAAGUUAUUGCAGAAUAAAGUUAGAGCACCUGCCAGAGCUGGAGCUAUCGCUCCAUGCCCUGUAGUUAUUCCAGCACAAAAUACUGGUCUUGGUCCUGAAAAAACUUCAUUUUUUCAGGCUCUCUCCAUUCCUACCAAAAUUUCUAAAGGAACAAUUGAAAUUAUUAAUGAUGUACAUAUUUUAAAAGAAGGUGAUAAAGUUGGUGCUUCAGAAGCAACUUUGUUGAAUAUGUUGAACAUUUCUCCAUUUUCUUAUGGUCUUGUUGUGGAAAUGGUUUAUGACUCAGGCACUAUAUUUGAGCCUAAGAUCUUGGAUAUAAAACCUGAAGAUUUACGUGUCAAAUUUCUCGAGGGUGUGGCUAGAUUAGCUUCUGUCUGUCUUGAAAUCAGUUAUCCAACUAUCGCUUCUGCUCCUCACAGCAUAGCAAAUGGUUUAAGAAAUCUUUUCGCUGUUGCUGCUGUAACUGAUGUUGAAUUUAAAGAGGCCCAGAAAAUCAAAGAAUAUUUGAAGGACCCAUCAAAAUUUGUUACUGCUGCUGCUCAUGUUGUUGCUGAGACUGCUGCCCCAGUUGCUGCUGCCAAAAAAGAAGAAGUGAAGGAGGAAGCUGACGAAUCUGAUGAUGACAUGGGAUUUGGUCUUUUUGAUUAAAUUUAAGUCCCUGGUUAAAGUUUCAUGGAAUGCAUUUUGUAUUGACCCAGACGAAAAUAAAGAAUGAAACAAGUAACUAUUGUGUUUUUUUUUACUUUCACUUACUUAUAUAUGAAAUAUAUAGUAAAGGAAAGUAUUGCGAUCGUGAACAUUUUUGAAUCUCAGUUUUCAA